GGCCGAGUUCGCCUUAGCAAGACUCGACGACCUCAUCAACUGGGGACGUAAAAGUAAAUAAAUGCAGUGUGUGCUUGCUCCAUGUGGCCGGUGACGUUCGGCCUGGCCUGCUGCGCCGUCGAGAUGAUGCACAUGGCAGCGCCGCGCUACGACAUGGACCGCUUCGGCGUGGUGUUUCGCGCCAGCCCCAAGCAGUGCGACGUCGUCAUAGUCGCCGGCACCGUCUGCAAUAAGAUGGCACCCGCCCUCAGGAAGACCUACGAUCUCAUGCCCCAUCCCAAGUGGGUCAUAUCGAUGGGCAGUUGCUCAAACGGUGGUGGAUACUAUCACUACAGCUACUCGGUCGUUCGGGGCUGCGACCGGAUCAUACCCGUGGACAUAUACAUACCCGGUUGUCCGCCCUCGGCUGAGGCUCUGCUCUACGGAGUUCUACAGUUGCAGAAAAAAGUCAAGCGAAUGGAAACGACUCAAGUGUGGUACAGAAAAUAA